UGCUUCCGACACCGCUGAAAAGCGUAAUUGGAUCAGUUGCUUGAGAAGAGUGAUUCUGGUGAGAAGUGCGACAUGACGCAAGAAGAUAUAAAGAGCAAUCAAAAGGAGAGUGAUGGUGAAAGGUUUAUCACAAAAACUUCUACGGAAGACUACAGAGAGGAUUCUGAGUGGAUCCCAACAAAGGAUACAACAUGCGGAAUAGGGCCUUUCAAUUGGCCUUUUCUUCAAAAGUUCGCCAAUAAGAAUGUCUAUGUUGUAAUUUCUGGCAUUUCUGGAGCAGUUUUUAUGAGUAGAUUUACAUACUUUUACGGCACAAUCUCGACUAUUGAGAAGAGAUUCAAGAUUCCAAAUAGAAUUAUCGGAUUAUGGUCUAUAGGUCAUGAGAUGGUCAUGAUCUUCGUGGCAAUUUGUGUAACUUAUUUAGCUGGUAAAGGCCACAAACCAAGAUGGAUUGGCAUAGGAUUAAUUGCUACAUCAAUCUCUUGCUUGCUCAUGGCAUUUCCUCACUUUAUCUAUGGAGGUGGUAGUGCAGAAUCCUUCACCCUCGAAUAUGGUUCCGAUCACAAUACCUAUGACCGGGAUCACACUCUGGAGCGCGAGAAGAGAAAGGAUCUUUGCAACAGCGACAUAGAUUAUGCGGCCAAAUGUGAUACAGAUGAAGGACAUACUGAACCACAAAUAAUUUUCUUUGCUGCCCAAAUGAUAGCUGGGAUAGGUUCAGCUCUGUUUUCCAGCCUCUCGUCCAUUUACAUGGAUGACAAUGUGAAAAAGGAGAAUACACCAUUCUUAAUAAGUAUAAUGUUCUUCCUGGGCAUGACUGGACCUCUGCUCGGAUUUGCCCUAGCAGGAUUAUGUGUAAAACUCUUCGUAUCACCUUCACUAACUCCAACAAUUGCUGAUAAUGAUCCACGUUGGGUAGGAUCUUGGUGGCUCGGAUGGAUCGUAUUAAGUUCAAUAUUAAUAAUGUUUUCGAUUAUGGUUUGCCUCUUUCCCAAAAUCAUGCCAAGUGCAGCUAGAAGAAAGCGAUUAGCCAUCUUACAAGGAAAGAGCCAAGCUAAUGAAGAUGUAAUACCAGCCAGUUGGAAUGAUUUUCUAGGGACAAUUAAGAGGCUUCUUACCAAUAAAAUCUACGUGCUCUACAAUAUAACAGGUUUAUUCUCAGUUUACGGAAUGGAGCCCUACUUUAUGUAUACUCCAAAAUACAUAGAGUCACUCUAUCAGAAAACUCCAACUGAAUCCAAUUUCUAUACAGGAACUGUAGGAUUUAUCUUUACAGGUAUCGGAACAAUACUCUCGGGAUUUGUAAUGUCCCGAUACAAACCAAGUGCCAAGAAGAUUGUCAUAUGGAACUGCGUAAUCAGUUUCGUUUGUGUAAUGUGCAAUCUUACCUACUCCCAACUGGGUUGUACAGCUAAAGAAAGUGUAUUUGAUGCAAAUACCCUUAGUAUACAAAGUUCUUGCAUUGAAAAUUGCAACUGCGACUUUGUCCAGUAUGCUCCAGUUUGCGGAGAAGACAAUAAGACCUACAUCUCUGCAUGCCAUGCUGGAUGCAGAGAUCGUAUCGACUUGGAGGGCAACAGUACAAAACUUUACAUAAACUGUACGUGCAUUGCUUCAGCGUUACCAGAAGGUGGUUCUGCAACUGAAGGAGCAUGUCCCAUAGACUGCAAGAAGGAGUUCACGGUAUUUCUCGUAACUAUGAGCUUUCUUAGGCUGAUGGUUGCAACAGGAAUGGCAUCGAAUUUCUUACUCUGCAUGCGUUGCGUAGCAGAAAAGGAUAAAACAGUUUCCUUGGGCUUAAGUAUGGCAUUCUAUAGUAUUCUUGGCUUUAUGCCAAUUCCAGUAGUAUUUGGUGCCCUUGUAGACAGCACUUGCGAUCUCUGGGGCAAAACCUGCACUACAAGUGGCAACUGCUGGCUGUACAAUGGACCAUCCCUCAGGUAUUUACUGAAUCUGACGACAAGCUUCAGCAAUAGCAUUGCUUUCUGUCUUAAUAUAGUUCUAUGCUACUUUGUAAGAAAUCUUUCAAUUUUUGAUGAGGAAAAUUCUAGUAGGAAUAGAAAGACCUCUGAAGACACUCAAAGACUAGAGACAACAAAUUUUUAGAAAAUUUCAAUAAAAAAAUAAUUUA